AUGGAUGCUACGGCGGGUACGCCUUCAAUUGCUGUGGACCUUGUGGCAAUGGUUGUGGCGGAUGUUGCGGCGGUUGUGGCUGCGGUGGUGGUUGUGGUUGUGGUGGCUGUGGUGGCUGCGGUGGCUGCGGUGGCUGCGGUUCAUGUUGCGGCAACGGCUGUUGCGGACGUGGCUGUGGCAAUGCCUGCCUUCCUCGUCUCUGGAACUGUGGCAGAUGGCCCUAGACUCCUUCAACAAAAUUGA